AUGGCUGAAGAGGAGGCGCCUAAGAAGUCCCGGGCCGCCGGCGGCCGCGCGAGCUGGGAACUUUGCGCGGGGGCGCUCCCGGCUGGACCCGUGGCGGAGGGGAGCGGGGACGCGGGCAGCCGUCGCCGCCGCCGCCCCCGCCCCCGAGCUGACUCUGGACGCUGGGCGCGCCGGCUGCUGCUACUGCUUUGGCUGCUGGAGGCUCCGCUGCUGCCGGGGGUCCGGGGGCAGGCGGUGGGCCAGGGGCCGGGCCAGGGGCCCGGGCCGGGGCAGCAGCCCCCGCCGCCGCCGCCGCCGCCGCCGCCUCAGCAGCAGCAGAGCGGGCAGCAGUACAACGGCGAGAGGGGCAUCUCCAUCCCGGACCACGGCUACUGCCAGCCCAUCUCCAUCCCGCUGUGCACGGACAUCGCGUACAACCAGACCAUCAUGCCCAACCUUUUGGGCCACACCAACCAAGAGGACGCGGGCCUCGAGGUGCACCAGUUCUACCCCUUGGUGAAGGUGCAGUGUUCGGCGGAGCUCAAGUUCUUCCUGUGCUCCAUGUACGCGCCCGUGUGCACCGUGCUGGAGCAGGCGCUGCCGCCCUGCCGCUCUCUGUGCGAGCGCGCGCGCCAGGGCUGCGAGGCGCUCAUGAACAAGUUCGGCUUCCAGUGGCCGGACACGCUCAAGUGCGAGAAGUUCCCGGUGCACGGCGCCGGCGAGCUGUGCGUGGGCCAGAACACGUCGGACAAGGGCACGCCGACGCCCUCCUUGCUGCCGGAGUUCUGGACCAGCAACCCUCAGCACGGCGGCGGGGGGCACCGUGGCGGCGGCUUUCCGGGGGGCGCGGGCGCGUCGGAGCGGGGCAAGUUCUCGUGCCCGCGCGCCCUCAAGGUGCCCUCCUACCUCAACUACCACUUCCUGGGGGAGAAGGACUGCGGCGCGCCGUGUGAGCCGACCAAGGUGUACGGGCUCAUGUACUUUGGGCCCGAGGAACUGCGCUUCUCGCGCACCUGGAUCGGCAUCUGGUCAGUGCUGUGCUGCGCCUCCACGCUCUUCACGGUGCUCACCUACCUGGUGGACAUGCGGCGCUUCAGCUACCCGGAGCGGCCCAUCAUCUUCCUGUCGGGCUGCUACACGGCGGUGGCCGUGGCCUACAUCGCCGGCUUCCUGCUGGAGGACCGUGUGGUGUGUAACGACAAGUUCUCCGAGGACGGGGCGCGCACAGUGGCGCAGGGCACCAAGAAGGAGGGCUGCACCAUCCUCUUCAUGAUGCUCUACUUCUUUAGCAUGGCCAGCUCCAUCUGGUGGGUGAUUCUGUCGCUCACCUGGUUCCUGGCAGCCGGCAUGAAGUGGGGUCACGAAGCCAUCGAGGCUAACUCGCAGUAUUUCCACCUGGCUGCUUGGGCCGUGCCAGCCAUCAAGACCAUCACCAUCCUGGCGCUGGGCCAGGUGGACGGCGACGUGCUGAGCGGGGUGUGCUUCGUGGGGCUCAAUAACGUGGACGCGCUGCGCGGCUUCGUGCUGGCGCCGCUCUUCGUGUACCUGUUCAUCGGCACGUCCUUCCUGCUGGCCGGCUUCGUGUCCCUCUUCCGCAUUCGCACCAUCAUGAAGCACGACGGCACCAAGACCGAGAAGCUGGAGAAGCUCAUGGUGCGCAUCGGCGUUUUCAGCGUGCUCUACACCGUGCCCGCCACUAUCGUCAUCGCCUGUUACUUCUACGAGCAGGCCUUCCGGGACCAGUGGGAGCGCAGCUGGGUGGCCCAGAGCUGCAAGAGCUAUGCCAUCCCCUGCCCCCACCUCCAGGCGGGCGGAGGCGCCCCGCCCCACCCGCCCAUGAGCCCAGACUUCACAGUCUUCAUGAUCAAGUACCUUAUGACCCUGAUCGUGGGCAUCACGUCAGGCUUCUGGAUCUGGUCCGGCAAGACCCUCAACUCCUGGAGGAAGUUCUAUACCAGGCUUACCAACAGCAAACAGGGAGAGACCACCGUCUGAGACCCCCGGGGGCUCAGCCCAUUCCCAGCCAUCCGCUUCGUCCCGGCCACCCCCAAAAAGCUGGCCCCGUGGAAACCUUGCCAAACCUGGCUACUCAAGGCUUCCUCACUAGCCGUUCGCUUUUCGCAGGCUCCUUUUAACAGCGCAGCUCCUGCAAAAGCUUCCGUCCCCGGGGGGCAAACGGACUGGAGGGCCCGACGGCCACAGGGGGGACAGAGAGACGCCUCUCUCGUUCUCACACUCUGCUACCUGGACUGUGUGCUUUUAUGAUUGUAAAUAGCCUGUGUAAGAUUUUUGUAAGUAUAUUUGUAUUUAAAUGA